CCGCCGCCCGCCCGCCGAGCCGGGCCUGGGCUGCGCCCCGCGCCCCGACCCCGCGCCCCGACCCCGCCGGCCCCGGGACCCGCGAGCGCACGGGACGGCCUCGCCAGCUGCCGCCCGCACAGGUGCCUGCGACUGAGUGAAAGGCCACCGCUGUCGCUGGCUCCCCGCGGUCACGUCCGGCCACCCACCCCCCGCCCUCCCAGAGCAGCCUGACCCAGAGUGCGGGCCACCCGGCAGCCCUUCUGACGUGGUGACCGCUCCGACCGGCAGGCGUGGAAAAUGGUACCUGUCGACCCCGGGCUGGAGGAGGAGCCCACAGCCGCAGCCCCGACAUGGAGGAGCCCACGCCCGAGCCUGUCUUCGUGGACGUGGACAAAGGGCUGACCCUGGCCUGCUUCGUCUUCCUCUGCCUCUUCCUCGUGGUCAUGAUCAUUCGCUGCGCCAAGGUCAUCAUGGACCCGUACAGCGCCAUCCCCACGUCCACCUGGGAGGAGCAGCACCUGGAUGACUGAGGCGCGGCCGGGGGACCCCGAGCCCCCCGGCCGCCCCGUGUCGCCCGGCUGCCCGAGCCCCCCGGCCACUCCCGAGUCCCCCGGCCACUCCCGAGUCCCCCGGCUGCCCCGUGUCUCCCGGCCACCCGAGUCCCCCGGCCACUCCCGAGUCCCCCGGCCACUCCCGAGUCCCCCGGCCGCCCCGU